UGACUUUCGUGUGGCUGGGUUUGCUUCCAACUUUUAUUUCAUUUUUACUUCAGGGAUAGUUUGGUCUUUUCACUUUAUUGGGUUAGUGCCCCAAAACCUUAGCAGCUGCGCGACUCUCCUCCGUGCAUAAUUUCAGAGAAAUGGCCAAGUCAAAGAACCACACUGCGCAUAAUCAGUCUUACAAGGCUCACAAGAAUGGUAUCAAGAAGCCCAGAAAGCAUAGGAACACUUCCACAAAAGGGAUGGAUCCUAUGUUUCUGAGGAACCAGAGGUACGCUGGGAAGCAUAACAAGACGAACGGUGGCUCUGCAACCGAGGAGUAAACAUUGAGUUGUCACUGUGGCUUUUGUUUAGUCUCUUUUUGUUGUAAGAUAUCCUUUAGCCUGAUACUCUGAUCAGUAAUGAAUAAUUAUGGUUUUUAUUAUACAUCUUAAAAAAUGUCAUGAAAUGUAAGUGUUUGUUGGCCGUGGUCUUUGAGAUUUCUUCUGUUGCAACACUGAAUUUUGCAGUUUUGUGCUACAUUUCAUACCGUAUGAGCAGAGUCUUGGGUCGUUUCUGAUAUAAAUGAUUCUGUAUGUGUAAAUCAAUUGGAAUGUCAAUCUUCUGUUGCUUGU